UUUGUUUCUUCGGGAGAGUAGACUUCUAGUAUGUCCAUCUGAGUAAAGACGCCCAAAGUGCGAAGUGACUAGAUGGGAGACAAGGCGGACAACUGGGGAUUGGGAGGUUAAGUAGCCUCGUGGACUGGGAUGCCUACCCAGAAAUUGGGAUUGGAGAUAAUGGAUGAAGAUCAAUUAAUGGAAGAAGUCUUGGAUAAGUUUGUUAAUUGUCAUGAGCAAACAUAUGAAGAGUUUCGGAGCACUUUUACUCAUCUUUCAAAAGAAGAUAAUGUGACCAAAAGAGGAGCACUUGGAACUGACGGUUCUGGAAAAAUAUUUACCUCAGUAAAAUUUACUCAUAAAAAUGAACCAAAUGACCACCAUCUUAGAAAUACAACUGUAUUUCAUCAGACUUCAUCACAAUCUUCAGAAGAAGAACAGAUAGUGAUGGAUGAAGGUCAAAAAGUUGGCAGUUCCCUUCAAGGUGAUCUGAACAGGGCAGGAAAGAUCAAGGUAGACAACUUCCUAGAUUUAGAAGAUUUUGAUAUGGAUGAAGAGAUUGAGCCCCAAAUGAGCAAGGAUUUCCUGCUGCUUCCAGGACAAGUGGAAGAGGAUGUGAGCACCAGUGUUUGUUCUUUCAUUCCUUCUGUGGACAAGCCUCUCGCUGCUGAGGGGAAGCCAAAGCCCACUGUUAAGGGAACAGAGAAGCAAGCAGAGGAGAUAUUUGGUGAUGAAGUCCAGCCCUUCUCACUUGAUGAAGAAUUUGAUUAUGACAACGUGGCUCUAACCCCCAAGUUCACUGCUGCGGAGAUGGAGACCAUCAGAGAGCUGUUGAAGCAAGAGAGAAAGAACACCAACGCAGACCUAUGACUGAUUUACCAAAGCAUCUCUGUUUUUUUUGUUUUGUUUUUAGUUCUUCAAGCAGUAUCAGAGUAAAUGAUAAGCUAGCCAUAA